AUGAAGUCAGUGUCAAAAGCGUUCAGGGAAAAGGUGCGGAGCGCCGGAUCAGGUAACGCUGGGAAAGUUAAAUCGAAGUUUGGAGCUGCUAUACUCGCGAAAUAUGGAUGGAAAGAGGGUGAUGGACUAGGAAAGCAAGGUGAUGGUAUAGUUGACCCAGUGUCUCUGAAGGCCGUCAAGCAGAGUAAAGGGCUCGGAAGUAAGGAAGAUGAUCCUUGGCAUAACUGGUGGGACGACAUGUACAAUCAAUUGGCGAAGAAAUCAGUCAAGGUGAAAAGCAACAAUCUGAACAAUUUUAAUGAAAAGAAAAGCGAAAAAACAAAAAAGUCGAAACAGCUAAAAUGCAAUGCACAACGUGAAUUUUUAACGACACCUCAAAGUGAAUCUUCGCUCUCAUCCGACUCCAUCACAAGCUCUGAGAAAAUGGCGGACACAGACUUCGAUAACGAUGCUUUGAAGAAACACAAAAGUUCACAAAAACACACUUUGGAGCAAAUUAAAGGAAAGAAGGCAACGGGCGUCACACAUGGAAAUAAUCUCGAGGAACAGGAUAAUUAUUCAAAUGACAUCAGCUACAAUUUCGCAUAUGUAAGCAGCAGACAACGGGGACAACGAAACCAAGCCCCAAUGUUAAAUGGAAUUCUACCUAAUCAUCACGGAAUCGGGUCAUCUGAUGAAGGAUCUUCAAGCAGCUAUUCAGAAAGCUCAUUGAGCACGGAUUCAAGCACUACGUCAACUACCGAGGACGAUACAACUUCAACUGAUGAAUCUGACGAGACCUAUUCAACUCCAGAAACAGAAGCAAAUGGUUCAACUUCCACUUCUGACAGCAAUGGAAGUGAGAGCUCUGACGAACUCUCUACUAGUGGUGAAGAUGAUGACUCGCGUAGGAACGGGAAAAGGGGACUAAGCGUGAACGAGUCCUUGCCACGGAGGCGACGUAGAACAUAA